CGCACACAAAUCAAUGCGAUUGUAAGAAGAAUUCAACGGCUACAUUUUUCUCUCGAUCGAUCUUUCUUGUGUCGAAAAAAAAUGGAAGAGCAAGUGCUUGAAUCAGUGCAGGAGGUGGUCAACGGCAACAUGGUAGAGGAAACAGAUAUGAAUACAGAGGAAGCAGAGGUGGAUCAGGAAGAAGUUAGGAAGGUGGAGGACGAAGACGAGGACGACGAGGAGUUCUAUGAGAGAAUUGAAGCGCCUAAGUUCAUCGAUUUCACUAAACCCUACCCCUUCCGCACUGAUGAUCGCUACUGGUUCUGCUCCCGGGUUGGUUGUGACAGAAAGCAUGAGGAAGAAAUAAACCCAGAAGAGAUCUCUAAAAACUUUGUUCUUCGGGUCUUGGCAGCAAGAAGUCCCAAUAUUAAGCUUCGAAGAGCACUAAACAGGGAUCAAUCUAGCAUGAAAUGUCCACUUUCAGCUCCUGCAAAACCUUCAAAGCCCAGGAUACCAAGGUUAGCAGGUGUUUCUUGUUCGAUUUCUCAAAAGAUAAGUGACCAACAGAGCAAUAUCAGACCUUGUUCAAAAGUCGGUUCUACCCCUGUGGCCAAGACAAGACAAGUUGCUGCCAAGUACAUGACAACUCCAAGGAACAAAAAGUGUCUUCCAAAUCCUAACUCAUGUCAAAGUGUACCAAAUCCAAAGACAACCACUGUUGAUGUGGCUAAGAAUCGAACAGUAGCAAAGGCUCUUGUUUUUCACUCUCCUAAGAAGGCCAUCAGUCUUAAAAAGUCUGUUGAAUUGCGUACCCCUUUAAAGAAGAUUUGUGAAGGGAUGAAGAGGCUUGAGAUAGCAAGCCAAAAGAAGACAACAAAGAGUAUCAAAAGCAAGUUAACUGAAGAUUCUUCAAGAAAGCAAGUGAAGAUUUGCAAAAGUGAUAAAAAGUCCAAGGAUUUGGCACCUUCCAAGUCUACCAAGAAGAUCCCAAAUCAUAAUGAGUCUGGUGACAUGGAUGUUAAUGUAAAAACAGAAGAGAAUCUGCAACCUAAAGAAACUUCUGACAAUUCAAUCCCACAUGCUUCUAAAGCUGAAAUUAAAUUGUUGCCAAAUUUAGAAGAUAAAGAGAAUAUGGGAAGUGUAGAACAUCAUUCAAAAGAAGAUGAUGAUGAGGAUAAAGAAAAUGCACGGAAUUUAGAAGAUAAAGAGGAUAUGGGAAGUUUAGAACAUCAUUCAAACGAAGAUGAUGGUAAAGAAAAUGCUCCAAAUCCUCAAGAUAAUAACAGAUUUAAAAACCAACCAUUGGGCAAUAAGACUCUUGGCAAGGAGACACUUAAAAAGAAUAAGGUAGUUCAAACUGCUCGUCCUGCACUGCCAAAAUGUAAAAAACCACAACCUACUAACGUCAAGCCUUUUAGGCUAAGAACCGAUGAAAGAGGGAUUCUUAAAGAAGCCAUAUUAGAGAGAAAGCUUCAUCUUCCUGCUCGUGAGAAAGAGGUUGCAAAAGACAUAAGUCUAGUAAAAAAAAGGAUGCAAGUUCCUACUAAUACAACACAGCAAAGACCUAAAGCCAGUUUAAGGACAAGAUCACCUUCUAUCCAGCAACAACCUGAAAGGGUUGCUUCACCUAGGAAGAAGAUAAGGAGGCCAGGUCAGCAAUUGGGUGUAAUAAAGGAGAAAUCUUGUAAAUUAACCGGUGAUGAGGUGGCAGUGAACAAAACUAGAGCAGCUUCUGCUCCAAGGUCAACAUCACAAGGAAAGCUGUCUGUAACUAUUGCUAAAGAACCGAAUUUUCACACCUCACAUCUGCCAAAGGGUUGCUUCAAGAAAAUUGCUUAAAGUUGCAUCAAUUCCAUUCCAUG